AUUUAUUAUGGAGUAUAGACCACCUAUGCAACCCAAUAGGGAUAUCCCUCAAUCCAUUUCGCAAAUUCAAUAGGAAUAAAGAAUGAAGUUCCAAUUACAACAGAUACAAUCCAAAAUCAUUGAAGAAAGACCCAAUUUCCAAGACAUGCAAGGUGGACAACCUCCAAAUAAACCCUGGUUAGGAGAAGACAUCUACAUGGUUGUAUUUCUACUUACUGUUGAAAAUGAUCGAUUGAGAGAAGAAAAUACUCACUUUUAGCAACUACUUAAUACUAGCGAGAUGAGAUACAAGGGAGUUGAUUUAGUUGAAAACGAAGUGAUAUCUCAAAGAGUCAAGAUAGGGGAAUACGAAAAGAAACUGGCCUUGUUAUAAAUGGAAUGUGAAUAGUGGAGAGUUAAAUAUUAAAAUAGGGAUAAGGAAAGUGAGGAUCAGAGAUAUCAAAAUGAGCUUCAAAGAAGGAUUCAAGUAGACAGGGAAAUUAGAGAACUUACAGCUAGAUUCAUUGCAGAUAGAAAUCAAUUAGAAUAAGAAAAUAGAUCAUUGAGAAUCGAAUUAGAUUAGAUGAAAUUAUCAAAAUAUUCUUUCGAGGACAACAAGAAGUAGUGUGAAGCAUUGUAAAAAGAAAAUUAGAGAUUGAAAUAAGAACUAGAUACUCUAAAGUAUGUAAAAUACAUUAUUAAUUUAUUAGGAAAGGCUUUGAUGAACUAGAAUAUGUAUUAUAAAGUGCUGGAGAUUUAGAGCAAGAGAAUCAGCAUCUCAAAAUUCAAAUUGAAUAACUUUAGAAAUAACAAUAAUAAAUGCUAUAAUAGUAAUAGCAAUCCUAAAUUCUUUAAAAGCCAUAAUCUUCAAAUAGAAUUGAACUAUGUAAUCAAAUCUAUUAUUAUUUAUAGCCAAUUCUAACUAUAAUGUUAUUCAAGAAAAUAGGAGAUUAAAGGAUGAAAUUGAUAGGUUAAGAACAUUACUCAAUCUAGGAACUGGAAGUUAUUCUAAACCAUUUAUGUGA